AUGGCCCAGCAGCGCCGCGUCCAGCUCUCCACCCAGCGUCCCACCAGCACCGUCUGCGUGCUGGGCACCGAGCUCUCCCUGGACAUCCGCGGAUCUGCACCCAAAGACGCCGUCGCCUUCCACGUGCAGGGGACGCCGGGCGCGAAGCUCUACGUGGUGCAUGACACGCAGAGCGUCAAGUUGCCCUCCAGCGUGUGCCGCUGGCCCCUGGCCGCCGGCACCGAGGUCCUGCUGGCCCUGGAUGCGACGUGGACGUGGGGUCCCGAUGGACACGGGGCCAUCCUGCUGGUGAACUGCGACCGUGACGACCCCAAAGCCGAGAUGCCGGAUAACCGCGACACCGCCAUCCGCUCCUACGCCGACCUGAAGGACAUGUCACAGAUGGUGCUGCGGACCCGAGGACCUCGCACCAUCUUCGCCGGCCACCGCCUCCUCCUCCACGUGGACUUCGGGGGCAACGCCGAUAAAGUCGGUGUUUUCUACGGCGGCAGAGUGAACAGUGUCGCGCUGGAGGAGUACAAACAUGUGCUGGGGGGCUCCAAGCUCGCCUACGCCGUCAAACCCAGCCGGCAUCAGGAGGAGAGCAUCUUCUACGUGGAGGGACUCGCCUUCCCCGACAUCGGCUUUUCGGGACUGGUGGCAUUCCACGUCACGCUGCUGGAGAGCCCCGAGAAGAGUUUGCUGGAGACACCGAUUUUCACCGACACGGUGGUUUUCCGCGUGGCUCCGUGGAUCAUGACCCCCAACACGGCGGCACCGCUGGAGGUCUUCGUCUGUAGCGUGGAUGAUAAUGAGGAUUUUGUGGCGGCCGUGGGCGCCGUGGCCGAGAAAGCCAAGUGCCCGCUCACUGUCUGCCCGCUGCCGGAGAACCGCCAGGACCGCCGGAUCCAGGGGGGUGACGAGGUCGAAUUCGGCUACGUGCAAGCUCCCCACAAGACUUUCCCCGUCGUCUUUGACUCACCCCGUGACCGGGGACUGAAGGAUUUCCCCGUCAAGAGCAUCCUGGUACCCAAUCCCUUCCUUCUCCCUUUCCCAGGUUUUCGGCUGCUCCUGGCCAGUCCCAGCGCCUGCUACCAGCUCCUCAAGGAGAAGCAAGAGGAAGGGUUCGGCGAGGCAGCGAUGUUUGAGGGACUGGAGAAGGUGCCCAAACCGACGAUAAAUGAGAUUCUGGCUAACGAAGGCCUCCGGAAAUUCAAUAAUUAUGUCCAGAGCUGCAUCAGCUGGAACCGGGACAUCCUCAAGCAGGCGCUGGGACCGAAAUGCAGGCAUGCAAAAAAGAGAUACAGGUAA